AGAGAAGACCAUAGGAAUCUUGGAGUUACCUCCUCGCCCUACUGCUCUAGGAGACCUGUCACCAGCGUCUGUGUCUGGAUCCUUCUACCCGAAUCUCUCAGGAUGGACUUCCAGGCUCUUCCCACACUCCAGCACCUGACGAUCCAGUUUCUGCUGAAUCAUGAAGACUUGGCUGUCUCUGCUCUAAAGGACCUCCCCUCAGUGUUUUUCCUACCACUGUUCAAGGAGGCCUUCACUAAGAGACGACAUAAACUUGUGAAGCACCUGGUAGUAACUUGGCCCUACCGCAACCUCUACAUUGGCCCUCUGAAGCACAGCUUCAAUUUGUAUAACUUCAAGGGUGUUUACAAUGGAGUAGAUUGGCUGAGUAACCAGAAGGUUUGGCCUAGGAGGUGUAGACUGAAAGAGGUCUAUUUGCUGGAUGCCAACCAUGACUUCCUGGUAAUAAUGAAUCCAGGACAGGAUCAUCUCUGCACACCACAGCCCCAACGAGAGGAGGAAGAUCCCACAACAGUGCAGAGGAAACCAAUAACUGUUUAUGCUGACUCUGCCUUUAUGGCAGAUAGUCUCAAACCCUAUCGUGAUUUAUUGGAGGAGAGUUUCAAUGAGAGAUUGACUACAAUGAGCGUGAAUUUUAAGGAGAUGGAACCGCAAAAGAAGGAUCAGAUACAAGGUGUUAGAUCCCUUGAGAUAUCCUGGGAUCUGUAGUUACAUUCAGGCAGUUUUAAGUCACCUGGCAUGGGUGCACUGAAGAGUAGUCUGUGCUCUUAACUCGCUAGACAUCUCUCUAGCCUCAAAAAUAAUCACCACAUGACAUAGGCUGGCUUAGAAGUCACUAUGUAGACUGCCUUCACCAACUUCUGCUUGUGUAGUAGUAUUGAAAUUAAAGUGGUGCACAGCUUUGCUUUGACAA